AUGGAUGGUGUCCACCCCGUCACCAUCCUCCAUAUUAUCGUAUUAGCUCCCGUCUGGGCCGGCAUCAUUACUCAUCUAGAUGUACGGACUACCGCCACGUGGUGCUUCAAGAGCAUCGCGGCUGCUGUCAUCGGAGUCGUCGUGGGUAUUGGGGUCGGCUCCUUUGUUCGUGCCAUAGUCUCGGCCGAUUUGGUACAGUACGUGGGUGUAGUAGUUAUGAUACCAUUUGCUAUGCUCGUGGCCCUCAGCGAGCCUUCGACUGGCUGUAAGCUUGCGAGCGUCUACCGCUACGACGUGGCGCUGGUGACCGCAUAUGUAGUCGUUGCAUUCGGCCCCGGCGAUUUGUUCAUCCGAGCACUUGUAAUUUUUCUGAGUUUUGCUGCGGGUUCAUUGGUACCGUGGAUCCUCACACUGUUCGUUAACGCUGCUUGGGAGACCCCUGGAGCGACAGCCCCGGCCCUGCCAGCAUUCGCGAUUCGCGCUGCCAACUUCUUUGAGAUGCUGUCCAGCUUAGCAAUGACAGGGGAGAGCCAGGCUGAGUGGCUCGAUAAGGAGCGACUUGAAUUUGAGAAGGUGUGGAGAGAAGCAUUGAGUGUUGUGGACAUGGGCGCCCACAUGCGAGCAGUCAUUUAUCGUAUGGCUGCUGAGCUCUUUGCUAUGCGGAAAACUAUACGGGAAGGCCUAUACAGCGACGCCAUUGUGGAGAUUAUGUGGAAUGCAUUGUUGUCGGACAUUAUUGAGUUGCGGUUGCAAGUAGUAUUCUGGCUGAGAACGUUGACUAGAGCGAGGAAUCGAGACCCCAAGGAGAUGGAGGGACCUCACUUGAAGGAGAGUGCGGCGAAGCUGGAGGCAUUGCUUUUGGAGAAGUCAUUGGAGUAUAGUCGUAUGCAAGUGUCGGGGCGGUCGAGGAUAGUGCCUGCAGAGGAUGUGGUGCGCUUUCAGUAUGCAUGCUCAGCUAUGACCAGGUUUGCCGUGCUGGUGCAGGACUUUCAUGAUAUACAGCGGGAAAAGGAAGAAGAAAUGGACAGAUGUCGUGGAAUUAUGGGGAUGAGUAGCGUUGUGGAGUACUUGAAGCGUGUCUCGAAGUAUUGGAAGAACUGGCUUCGCAGUCCGUGGUUUUCUAGAGGACCUUUUAGCGGUAAAAUAUCAUCUCGGCUGGCGUUCCCAGUUCGUCUUGGCCUCUCUCUCACCGUAGCAUGUGUACUCAUCAUCGCCUGGGCUAAGGCAGUGCCCUCUAUGGCCCCCCAUGCCCUUUGGGGCGUCUUACCUGUUAUGUUUUGCCUGGUCCCUACUGCUGGAGCAUCUCUGGUUAAGGGCAGUCGGCGGCUGGUGGGAACUAUACUGGCGUCUGGUAUCGCCAUUGCAUGUGUUGCUAUUCAUCCGCAUAAUAAGGAGGCGUUCUUUAUCGAACUUUUCGUUAUAACGUUCGUUGGUAAGCUAGCCAGUUUCAAGCCUAAAAUUGGCUAUGCUGGUUUAGUGUUCAGCUUCACGUGGACGAUAAUUGCAAUCAUGCCAGCGACCUUCGAUGGUGAUGAACCGUUCCAGUCGGUGCUGAAGUCGGCUCUGUGGCGGAUGGCCCUCACUAGCACAGGAGUUGCAGGGGCCACAGUGAUGUCGUGGAUUGUUUUCCCAACGUUUUCGACUUCUCGAAUGGAGCGUUUGACAGCGUGGGAAUUGGUCUCGCAAGUCAACUUGGUCACCACUGCGCUGGAGCAUCUGAUAGGAACUCACCAGCCAGUGGAUGGCUCGGGCCAGGAGGAGCUUGGGGAUGUCCUUUACCUUUCUAGUGCCGAACGACAUGCCUCGGAGUCGGAUGCCAGGGCGGAGGCAACUGUGCUGAAGAAAAUCAGAGCGGUGGGGCUCUCCACAUUACGAGUGUUGGACGUGCAAGGGGAUGUGGACCGGCUGGGUAGAAGCGCUAUUGUGGCUCAUGUUGCGAUGACUGACUGCGCCGCUCUGAUUGAGGAACCAGCUGCCGAAGAGUUACUGGAGCCCUUGAAAGGCCUUCUGUCGGGCAUAGUGAUGGCCCUGAAGGAUUCUGUUUCGAGAGUGGUAUUGUUCAUAGUGGACACGAGUAACCUCAUGCCAGAGGGACUGAGGACUUCAGCACACAUGCGAGACCCUGGAGUCCAGAUGCAACAGACAUACGACGCUUUUGUGAGGCUGAGGGAGAAGCUUAUUACUGUACCGCUGGAUGGCAACUCAGACCUGAUGGCUAACGUCCUCAGCUCUGGUGGUAUUCGCUUCUACCAUGCUAUCUAUACUCUGUCUUUAUUCAUAGAGGACUGGCGGGACAUCGAGUCUUCCCUGCGCGGGGUCGACGGGGGGCUUGUGGGGUCUGUGGAUGGCGUGGGUUGUGUAGGAGAAGGCAUUGGGAAUUUUUCGUAACGCCUCCCUUGAUUUUUUGCGACGUCUUUGUUCCCAUCAGAGACGCCUG